CGUGUUGCCCAACUCAGAACAUAAACCAAACAGACUUCACAAUGACUAAAGCAACAACUUGCACUGCUAUUCUACUGUUGGGCUUCGCCGUUUUGGCCAGCUCAGAGCCACUGCGUCAACGCUUUGUGCCACGCCGUGGUUUGGCACGACAGGAACUGGCUGCGCCUCCAAGUCCAGCGCCCACAGGCUACCCAGAGGCGGGCAUUACGCCCGAAAUACCCUUCGAUUUGCCCAGCUCAACUGCGCAACCGGAAGUGAGCUAUUUGCCACCGGAUAACACAUACGGACCCCCAGACAGCGUUUACGGACCGCCCACAACAAGUGCGGACGAGCCAGCGCCAGAACCCGAGCCGGAGCAAGAACCAGAGCAGCCAAUUGAAACGGAUGACAUUCCAGCACCAGAGGAGGAGGAGGAGGAGACGCCUGGCGAUGUCAAGCUGCAGCCGGAGCCUGCACCUGAGCCUGAGGAUGAGAAUGUGCUGGUGGAAGUGUCCGAUGAUGGCACCGUCAUUGCCGUCUCCACGACACUUGAUCAGCCAAAGUCAGCGAGAUUCUACCAGCGAUUCCCCCAAGGACGUCGCCGUGAGCAGCCAGUGCCACAGCGUCUGGUGCUGCGACGCAACUGGUGAACACUUAAUUUCUAAUCCAUAAUCCAUAACAUGUAAACGCUAUUAAUAAAUCUUUGCUU